CUCCCAGGAUCUGAAGAAAUUGAUGCUUUACCCCGCGUCGCCAAGGAAAACAUUAGAUUUUUUUCUUUUCACUUUCAUUUUCACAGCGUCACAAUUUAAAAAGAAAUCGGGUUGUAUUAACUCAAUCUACAUGCAACUAAGGCAUUUUGAGCCCGCUGGAUACUUUCAUUGUAGCAGAACGAAUCGUUUGGAUGAGCGCCUGGCACACUGAGACAUAGACAUUCAUCACACGGACACAACUGAAGAGAGGUGAGCAGCAGAGCAGCACUCAUCACCGGCGAACACACCACAGCAGCGCGCGGCAUUCAGGAACACACCGGGACAGAAUGGGAUAUGCAAACAUAAGAGGAUACACUUUUCUGCUCUGGGCUGCCACACUACUUCUGUUAGCCCAGAGCAGAAGAGGCAAACAGCCCAGAUGCCCCUCUGGAUGCACAUGCACCAAAGAUAACGCCUUGUGUGAAAACGUGAGAUCUGUGCCACACAGCUUCCCUCCCGAUGUCGUCUCACUAUCAUUUGUGAAGUCUGGGUUCACUGAGAUUGCAGGGGGAGGCUUUCUCCACACGCCAUCCCUUCAGCUUCUAUUGUUUACAGCCAAUUCUUUCGACUCCAUCGACGAAGGUGCUUUCCAAGGCCUGCCACAUCUGGAAUAUCUAUUUAUCGAAAACAACAAAAUUGAGUCGCUUUCGCCCCAUGCCUUCAGAGGUUUGAAAUCUCUCAUUCACCUGAGUCUUGCCUACAAUAGUCUUGAGACGUUGCCCAAAGAUAUUUUCAAAGGAAUGGAUGCCUUAACAAAAGUGGAUCUCAGAGGAAACAUGUUCAGUUGUGACUGUAAGUUGAAGUGGCUUGUGGAAUGGAUGUACAGCACUAAUGCAACGGUGGAUCAGUUAUACUGCAGUGGGCCUCCACCCUAUCAAGGGAAGAAGAUAAAUGACCUAGUGCCUCAGUCCUUUGACUGCAUUACAGCAGGUAAAUGUGCACUAGUCUGUCCUGACUGCUGUAUAAGGACGGACAUUCCAGAGAUGGAGGACGUCUACGCCGUCAAACACUUCAAGGUGAAGGGGGAGCUGUUUGUCUGUCUGACGCGCUUCAUUGGUGACUCCAAGGUGAUGAAGUGGGAUGGCUCUAUGUUCACAGAGAUACAGACAAUGCCCUCGCGGGGAUCCAUGGUCUUCCAGCCCCUCUCCAUCGGCAACUGGCAGUACGCCAUCCUAGGCAGCGACUACUCGCUAACCCAGGUCUAUCAGUGGGACACCAAGAAGGGCCAGUUGGUGCACUUCCAGGAGCUCAACGUCCAGGCGCCGAGAGCAUUCUCGCUGAUGUCCAUUGACAACCGAGAGUUCCUGCUGGCGUCCAGCUUUAAAGGGAAGACGCAGAUUUACGAGCACUUGAUGAUCAACCUAAGCAGCUAGAGUGCCGAUUGAAAGCACAGAGAACCAUUCCCUGACACAGAUGAGCCUAUUGUUAAACUACAUGCUUGAUCUAGCCUAGCGCUAAAAAUAAUAAUUCCGGAUGAAUGCCUCUCUAGAAACGCCCUUUGUGUCUUUCUCUGUUGUCACCAUCUGUUCGGCACUUUUCAUUUUUCCUGUUUUUUUUGUCCCUUUCAACAAAAGCUAUUGUUAACAUAUUCUCAUUCUUUGCCAUGUAGUCACUAAAGAGGUAUAAUAAGGAAACAAAAAAGGUCAAAUCAGUUAACUGUUGACUUAAUCUGCCAAAUAAACUGUUUACAUUUUUUACAGUGAUGUAAAAAGCCAUUUUUAACUUUUUUAAACAAAGUCGUCCUGUUUAACCACAUUGGGUGUGAUAGAUUUGAAGCUUGUUAUAUGACUCAACAAUUUCAAUAAUCAGAAUGCAAUAAAC